AUGGCUUCGUCGAUCACUGUUUCGCCAGAAUGCUCGACAGCCUACACAGAGCUCAAAGAUGACAAGAAGUACACAUAUAUCAUCUACAGGAUUAAGGGUCCGGCUUUCGCUGUCUACGACUUCGGCGAAAGCUAUGGACAUAAGAUCGCCUUCAUCUCUUGGACUCCAGAUGAUGCCACGGCGAGAACCAAGAUGAUAUAUAGUUCCGCCCGGGAUACUGUCAGACAAUCGCUCGAUAACUUUAGUCUUGAUAUCAAUGCCUACGACGCUGGAGAUAUUGACAAGGGGGGCGCGCUUAGGCUGCUUGAUUAA